AUGGCCGACUAUGUGGUCGGCGCUUCAGAUGAGAUCGCCAGACUCUCGCUGGGGCAGGAUGCCGAGUCUCCCACGCCGCCGCCGUCGCCGCCCGACCUAAAAUGCCCUGGCAUAGUCGCUGUUGACAUUACUAGCAAGUUUUCCGUGGCCGUCGACGCCUUGACCCCCGGAGAGCUCGUUAAAGAUGGAUUCUUUACGCUUUUUGACUCGGUCGCCGCUCUUGAGAUCGGGGAUCCAAAGAUGGACAGCGGCUGUGUCAAAGCAGGCGACGAGUUCGAGGAGCUUUACGACGUUUCAAGGCCGCUUCUCCCAGAGGAAGUCCUCGGCAUCAUAGAUCAGCUGCUCUGCCACGAGAUGUCCUGGCACAUGGGAUACCCCCUCUCGCAGACCUUGUUCACCAGUGUAUACGUGGAGGCGCUCUUAAUGCCCAACCCCCUCAGCAUACAUGAGGCAAAGUUUGUUCGACGAGCCUACGACGAUGCAAACCAACAGCCCAUGCUGCAGGUUCUGAGAGCUUAUUGCUUAGGGAUGCUCAAGGCGUGUGGCUACGUCAACGAGCGAAUCAAGUCGGAGCAUUUCUAUGAGGAAGAGGAUUUUGUCACCAACACAUACAGUCGCUCCCUGCUUAGCAAGAUCCCUACGGAUGUUGUCCGGCAGGUCCUGACAGAUGCUGAAGAUUUGCUCGCCUCGCAAAGAGACGCCAUUGGAGACGAGGUCACGAGCGCUCUCAUCAGUCGCUUAAGACUCAGACACGUGUUCCUGGCCGCGGCGGAAUGUCCCCAGCAUAUGAAUGAUCCGCAGCGGGCUAGAAUCCCAUGGGCAGAGGCAUUGAACCUGCUCCCUAAACUAUGGUCGAGUCACCGGCUGGGAAAGCCGGUCGAGGAGGCAUUCAGCGCAAAGCUGCAACGGAAGCUGGCCAGCACGAUGCCGCCAAGGCCCAUCGUGGAACUCGGCUUCGAAGAUGCAUUCCGCCACCUGUCCCGCCUCUUCGAGGAUGGCCUGGAGGUUAUCGGGGCUUUAGAAUACACUGAUUCCCAGUGCCUUCAGACGUUUGUGACUGCUUUCCAGGCCAAGAAGCCUCAACCCUUGGUCUACGUGAGGACCUUGUUGCAGACCUUUCUAUUCAAUGCCAUGGAAGUACUUGGCUCGAUGAGCAUCCGUCAACUGCUCGAUGACGACUUCUCCAUCAUCACACUCCCAGCGAGCCCGCUGCUCGAUCGGGACAACGACGAGAUCGAAGCCACGCAGGACGCGCGGUUUGUCAUGUCUCAGCAGAUGGAACUGUUUAGACAGCGAGCUGCGCAGCCUUUCCUCGACAUUCUGAGGACGGCAUGUCAGAAUCGCUGUCGGGUACGGCGGACGCUCUGCCACAUCAUCCGAGACUGGGAGAAUCUCCAGGUCGAUGCCGAGGACAUUGACCAGAUCCUGCAGGCCAAGACCAACGAACGGCCUCUGAUGCAGCGGUCAGCCAUGGGCAACGAUGCCGUCGAGUCUUAUUCUCUGCCGUUGUCUUCCUGGUCCUAUCUCUACAAGCUACGUCAAAUGGAGCUGAUUGUGCAGCUGGGCUUCGAGCUAGAGAUUUACCAAGCUGAUGAGCUAGGCGGGAUGUACUGGUAUCUCAACUAUCUGGCCAGAUUCCGACUCCAGCACGCAGAGCGGAUCAAGUCAUUUGUCGUCCACGCCGUCGAAGAGGCACGAUCGCAGUCGGGGCAGGGAUAUUCGUCGGUGAGCGAACAGCUGCAACGAUCGCUGGCCCAUACACGGCUAUCCCUGCUCGAUGCCGCUGUGACGUGGGAGCUGUCCGAUGCACUGUGCUGCCUGUACAUUGCGCUGCACCGUCUGGAUAUUAUCAAGGCUCUGUCGCGACCAUAUAGCAACGACGAACUUCGAUUUGCGCUUCGCAUGAAGCCCUUUGCUUCCAUCGGCUUCCCCUUGCCGCCGACGUUUGACGAGUUUACGGCCGGCAUGGCGCGGCCGGAAACGACGACGGAAGAAUUGCUGGAAUACGGCGAGAGGGCUGCGGCUGGUGCCAAAAAGGGCUUCGAGACGCUGAGCAAGCUGUCCGCCAAGGAAUCCUUCUCCGUCGGCUCGCACGACCGAUGGGUCGCGGCGAUGAAGAGCGCUCUCAGGUCGAGCAUCGCCACCGGCAUUGCAAUUUCCUGUGUGCACAAGGCCCUACUCAAGAAAUCGACAGGCGGCGACGGCCUCAAGAUCACGGCCGAGAUACCUACCCCGGAUAACGCGUACCACGAGUGGUGGAUCGUUCCGAAGAUAGUGCCGGUUGUAUAG